AUGUCUCUUCAGAAUUCCGGUGUCCUAGGUGAGCCGAUUGAUAAACGUCAAUAUGGAGGUGAUGGACUGAAGUUUGUUGUGAUAUACGCAGAAAGUAUUCGAAGGCACCGAUUAUUUAAUGAUUUCAAGAGGGAAGUAAUAGACGUAGCUUUUCGAUUCUGGGAGAGAGCAUUGAGUGUAAGAAGACCACCAAACAGAAAGCUGCUUGCAGAAAGAGGAUGUGUUGAACAAUCAUUCUUUCGAGAUUUAACAACGGGUAAAAUAUUUUGUAAAUCACAAUGUAAACCAAAAGCUACAUGCUACAACCAUCCAAUUCCAGAGGAAUAUGCCUCCGGAUGCUCUGUAGGAUCUGGUGUUGGAUCUCUCAGAGAAGUUUAUCGAGAUGGUUCAGGAUUUGCACCAAAUCAAUAUGUUGUUUUUGUCUCAAGUGUGAAUGAACAUGGUUGCUUAUCAGGUAGAACAUUGGCUUAUGCUGGUGCAUGUGAAACGCACCCUACAACUGACAGACCAAUUAUGGGAAUGAUCAACUUCUGUCCAGAAAAGAUGGACAUAGAAGAACCAGGAAGAACUAUGAUGGUUGGUACUGCUAUUCAUGAAAUGGCUCAUGCUUUGGGAUUCUCUAAGUCGAAUUUCCCUUUGAUGCGUGAUCUAAACGGCAGACCAUUGACACCAAGAGAUCCCAAAACAGGUAAACCACCAUUGAAUCCUCAAAGGCAGUAUGUUACAAGUGACAUUACUGUUAGACGUAUUGGUCGUCCCUGGCAUACAGCUGCUGGAUCUUUUAUAAAACCUGUCUUAGCAUUUGUUACACCGACAUUACUGGAUGAAACAAUGGCUGGUGAGACAGGAGUGAAAAGUGUACUUUCAGCAUUAACAUUAGCAUUCUUCACAGAUUCAGGCUGGUGGGAUGUCGAUUAUUCAGUUGCUUCAGAAUGGCAUUAUGGAAAGGAUUUAGGUUGUAACUUCGUCAUGGGAAGCUGUUAUGCAUAUAUGGCACGAAUGAAGCAAGCAGGGAAAAGCAUAGAACCUUACUGUGAUGAAACGGGUUCUUUAACGUGCUAUCAUAAGAAGGCUUUUGGGAUUUGUGCUAUGGGAAAAUAUAAGAGUUUGUUACCACCAGAAGAACAAUAUUUCAAAGGUAAUCCUAAUGUUGGAGGUACCAGUACAUUGACAGAUAGAUGCCCCACUGUUCAGCCAAUGGAGACAUUUUUCAAAGAACCUUUUAUGACCUACUGUGAUCAUCGUUUAAAUAUUCCAUUUGCACAAAGAGGAAAUAUGUUUGGUCAAGCUUUUGGGAAUAGAUCGAUAUGCAUUCCACACAUGGGAGCUUGGAGAGCUGAAAUGAAUGGAAAAUUAACACAAGAUCCUCGAGUUAAAGCAACUUGUCAUGAUGUAAUUUUAAAAAAAAAACAACUAUAA